CUUUUUGUCCUUCCCACUCUCCCUCUCUCUCCCUUUCUCUCUCUCUCUGUCUUUAUGCAACCAACAUAUAGGAUUGUGAGUACUUUGUUCACAGGCGGUAGAAAAUAGAUUCAGCUUUGAACGUGUCGUGGUCCCCACUGAGCUGCAAAUCCUCCGGCGCCACAGCUGAUGGAAGCGGAGUCACCUCGGAUCACCCAGCGGCGGCAGCGGCCUCCAUUUUAACUCCGACGCCGAGCCAUACCUCACGUGUCCUGGGCUGUCUCUCUCACAUGACCCGAGUGUUUGUUCCCGUGAUCAGCACUUCCAUCUCCGUCUGUGACACCGAAUAUCACUUUUUAUACUAACACUGAUGGAUAUGCUCGAACAGAGUUUGGACACCGCAAGCCAAGAAAAGCAAGAAGAAGAGGUUGUCCAGACAUCUGAAGCUGGCUUUUCUGUCCUCUUUUCCCCUUCAGACGGAACAGGAGAAGAGCAGACAGCUGUUACUAUAGCCAGUGUUCAGCAGGCUGCAGCAUUUGGUGACCAUAACAUACAAUAUCAGUUUCGCACUGAGGGUGGUCAGGUGACGUAUCGUGUUGUUCAGGUGACUGACCAGAACCUUGACGGGAGAGAUGAUGGGGGAGGAGCAGUGAGUGUCGUCUCUACAGCCGCCUUCGCUGGGGCUCCUCAAGCUGUGGCUCAGGCUGUGAUCCAAAACCCUUUCAGUAAUGGAGGAAGCCCAGCAGGAGAGGCGGUGGGAGGGGAGACGCGCUUCGCUUACUUCCCCGCAACCGCGGUGAGCGACGGAACUGUGUCUGUGCAGGCUGCCACGGACCCCACACUCACACAGGCGGGGGGUCAGUUUUAUGUGAUGAUGACCCCCCCUGAUGUAAUUCAGACAGGCACGCCACGAACCAUUGCACCCCGCACACAGCCCUACCCCGCAGAUGAAAACGAGCUGCUGCAGCAUGAAGGUUUAAACUGGAAAAUGGAUGGACCGAGAACACCAAGAGAUGAAAGGAGAAGAGCGCAACAUAAUGAAGUUGAGAGGCGGCGAAGAGACAAGAUCAACAACUGGAUUGUCACGCUUUCCAAGAUCAUCCCAGACUGCAGUAUGGACAGCACCAAGACUGGAGCAAGCAAAGGAGGCAUUCUGUCCAAAGCUUGUGACUACAUCCGUGAGCUGAGGCAGAGCAACCAGCGACUGCAGGAGAGUCUGAAGGAAGUGGAGAGGAUACAAGUGGACAAUGAGUUGUGCAGGCAGCAGAUUGAAGAGUUGAAGAAUGAGAAUGCUUUGCUCCGAGCGCAACUCCAGCAACACGGCAUCGAGAUGGUUGGAGAGACACCACCGCAGUGAAGCAGAGACACAAAAAAAAAACAAAAAAAAAACAGGGAGGGGCACUACCACCCAGACAUACAACUGACGCUGUGGAAGAGAUGGCGAGAAGAUCAAAAAAAGGACUUGUGAAGAUCACUUUCUUUUUUAGUGAAUGCAUCCUUCUCUGGGUUCCCAGGUUGCAAUCCCUUCACUGGCCAAUUGUGGCUGUACUUGACUGUUCCAAUCCUAUUGAGAUAACCACCUGUUACAACCCGGUAGAAAUGUGCUCCAAGAAAAUAUACCCACUCACCACCAUCAGAGUGCUUUGCUAGCACCAGCUUUGAAAGAGAACCUCUUCUGAACUCCUCCCUUGUUUUGUAUUUAUGUAGCCUCACUCAUGGACUAUGAUGUUUUUCAUUUAAUUUUGUUACCCGUCAGUGUAUUUUCCCCCAAAAUUAUUAAUUUUGACUUAGUUCAUGCUUUUAUUCUGUUUGUGUUUUUGAGUUCUGUAUUAAUAUGUUGUUUUUAGCUGCUUUAAUUUAUUAGUCUGCUUGCUGACACAAGCCUUGAUGGAGACCAGUUACAUUGAAGCUCAUGUACCCCAGAGAAGCAGAUUGAAUUUUAAGUGAGAAAACAUCAAAGUAUGCAAAACAUUAUGGUUCUACAGACAGAAAUAAUGUGACACACAUAGCUUACCUAGACCCAAAGAUGAACAAGGCACUGUGCUGGUCUAUGCUUCUGGGCUGAUUUAUGUAAAUAUGAAUUCUCAUGUUUUAAUACAGAUGUUACAGAAUGUUAGAGCAGAUUAUCUCUGGGAGUAAACAAUCAAUAACUCAUUAACUUCAUGCUGGCCCUUUGUCAUAAUGUGUGCUAUCCUGGAGCUUGAUUUGACAAAAGAGUGCUAUACUUGAAUUGUUGGGCAUUUGCUUAAACAGAAAAACAACUCAAAAGUCAACAAAAUAAUUAGUAGAGAACCAACUGUUCAAAUGCUAUUUAAUUACAAAUUGAAAUGUACAAGUGCAGAACUUGAACAACAAUUGACAAACCCAGUGCGCUGGAUUGUGGACUCGAGAGAAGAGUGGUGCAAAUUCCAACUUUUGCCAAACUAUAUAUAGGUACUGUGGGUUUUAUUUUCAUCUUUUGUUCAUGUGUAAUUUACCGGUGUCUCAAUACGUGUAAGAAUAAUCCCCACAUGUUUCAUUUCAAGCUGUUUGCUCUAUUUUGGUAUUGCAACACUUCAAAUAGAGCUCAACGCACAAGGGGGGGAGGCACCCUGGAGAGCAGUACUCAAAGACUCUCUGCUCACUAUGGAAAAGGAGUACACAGAAAUUCUGUGUUGCGCUUCUUAGUUGAGCACAACUCGUUCUCCAUGAAAAGACGGAAUAGUUGGAAAGUGGGAAACUUGGAAAUGAUCUCGCAUAUUUCUCCACCCACUCAGGCGAACAAUAAGUAAACUGUAAUUGGUUGUACAAACAGCAAAAGCCAAUAUUAACAUUGUUGAUGAUUUUGUGAAUGAAUAUACAUGAUGUAUUUUUGUUCUGCUUUGGGCGAUGUGAGUGAAAGUGGAAGAGAGAUAUCAAGCUUCGGAGCCACUUAUUAGAGCAUGAUUGCUUCUCCCUGUGUCAACAGCUCAGGAUCCAGCAAAGCAAAACCAACAUUCAGACCCCUGGCAAAAUCAGGCAGACUAUCACAUUUUAAUAUCUCAAACUGUGCAAGUUAACAGCUUGUGCUUUGGAAGUGCUGUUCUGCUACUACUGCUAGAUUCAAACCUGAUAGUGCAAGUGUCUGAUCUAUCAAACGAGGCUCCUAGCCAAAGUUGAAUGAUAGAUGUUUUGCAGUAGAAUUUUUUUUACACCUCAGUGAGAGGAGAGCAGAAAAUGUGAAUGUGAAGACAUGAAUAAUGCUUUGGAAGAUGGAUGUUCACAAAUGAAAGGUCACUUGUGGCUAAUUCUUUUUUUUUUUCUUCUUGAGUUUCUUUUUUGAAAUGGCAACAGAAAGGGGGGAAAAAAGACAGAUUUUCUCUCUGUAGCAGCCUCACUGUUCUCAGGUUAGAUUGUAAGACAUCUUUUCUAAGUAAAAUGGUGAAAAAUAAAACUUUCACUAGCUAAUAACCUUUAUGGACUUUUCAUUGUGGGUCAUUGUCCUUCUGCAGAUCCUGGACAUAAACAAAAAUCUGUACUUCA